AACGGUGUUUUCCGUCGUAACGUACACGUCACAUCACGAGACGCAGGAGGCUCGUAAUCUCAUAAUUCGGCGAACGACCUCAGGUUCUUUUAUUCUGUGACAGAUCAACUCUCGAGCAGGCAGGAUGAGCUACGGUUACCAAGGACCACCUGUUCAGUUUCCGGGACGAGCACGACCACCAACAUCGUUUGGAGCUCAGCCUGGUGUACCCUCUGCCCCUAAUGUUCCAGGACCUUAUCCUCCGGUAGGGUUCUCAAACGCACCACCAACGUCUUUCGGCAUGCCUCAGCCGUAUUCUCCCUACCCAAUGCAGCCUAUGCAUCCCAUUCCCAAUAACGAGCAUGUGCAAACUAAUCCUCCACAGCAAAUGCCAUUUCCUUCUCCACAGCAAAUACCGUUUCCUUCUCCACAGCAAAUACCAUUUCCUUCUCCACAGCAAAUGCCGUAUCCUUCUCAACCUACGCCCACGUGUUAUCCCUCUAAUACAUACACUAAUCAGCCAACAUCAUCCCCUUAUCCUCGACAGCAAAAUAAUGCGUAUCCCAAUCUUAAAAAUGCACCAGAUGCUAAAGAAUACUUUAACAAUACAGCCUCUUUCCCUUAUUCCUCUCAAUCGAAUGCACACACAGCUAGCUCAGUUCCAUAUCAAAGCGGCAGCUAUCCCGGGGGGCAGGGGGUAAGCUCGAAUUAUUCUUAUGCUGCUAAUCCACCUACUGCUGCUAUGCGUGGUACUGCCCCAGCCCCCCGGAAAGAUCGAUUUACGCCUAAGACUUCUCCCACGGUUGUGCCUUAUGGCGGCUUUGAUGCUAGAGUGGACGCAGAAACUUUAAGGAAAGCUAUGAAAGGAUUUGGCACUGAUGAGAAAGCUAUUAUCCACGUUAUCGCGAAUCGCAGUAAUUUACAACGCCAAGAGAUUGCAUCCCAGUUUAAGACUCUUUAUGGAAAGGAUCUGAUAAAAGACUUAAAGUCAGAACUAUCGGGAAACUUCGAGAAACUUGUUCUUGCCUUGAUGACGCCUCUACCUCAGUAUUACGCUAAAGAACUUCACGAUGCAAUGUCUGGUCUUGGUACUGAUGAAAUAGUACUCAUUGAAGUGCUGUGUACACUGUCCAAUCAUGAAAUUUCAAUCAUUAAACAAGCGUAUGAAGCAAUGUAUGGAAGAACAUUGGAAGAUGAUUUGAUCUCUGAUACAUCUGGCAAUUUCAAACGUUUGAUGGUGUCAUUGUGUUGUGCCAAUAGAGAUGAAUCAUAUAAUGUGGAUCAAGCUGCUGCAAUGGAAGAUGCUAAACAACUUUUGCAAGCUGGAGAACUUCGAUUUGGUACGGACGAGUCUACUUUCAACGCUAUUCUUGUCCAAAGAAACAUGGCACAAUUGCGACAGAUAUUCACAGAAUAUCACAACAUAACGGGCCACGAUAUUGAGAAUGCGAUUGAAAACGAGUUUUCAGGCGAUAUUAAGAAGGGUCUCCUUGCAAUUGUGAAGUGUGUCAAGAACAGAGCCGGUUUCUUUGCUGAACAGUUGUACAAAAGCAUGAAAGGGCUUGGUACGGAUGACAGCCGUCUCAUUCGACUGGUUGUAACACGUUGCGAAGUAGAUAUGGGUGAAAUAAAGAGCGUAUUUGUCCAACAGUAUGGAGAGUCAUUGGAAGAUUUCAUAUCUGGUGACUGCUCAGGGCAUUAUAAGAAGUGCUUGUUGGCACUAGUGCAGCCCUAAAACAUUUUCAAAUGAUCAUAUGGAACAUAUUUCGUUGCAUUUGUCAUCUACUUUUUUUUUAAUAAAUACACGAGACGUAUGUAUAUAAAAGAAAAGCCGUCCAACUGUCUUUUCUUUUAAUUUUUUAACAGUUAUGCCAGUGACAGUUGUGUAGCGUGUUCUUUGAAGAACAUGAAUAUAAAUGAAUUCUAUUUUUAUAUGCAAAGUUAUAUACAUAAUACAUGUACUUAAUUUAACAAUUUUAUAAAGUCACUGACGAUUUAUAUACCAUAUACGGAAUUGCUGACAUAUAUUGACGAGUAAGAAUCUCAAAAUGUCAGAAAACCAUAUAUUUUUUAUAAAAAUAGCGAUAAAUACGUAUAUAUAAGAUGUACAUUAAUUAUCUUAAUUUUAAAAACAUCGUCAAUUGAUCAGCAUUUAAAUACUAUUUUUCAUUUAUUCAUAUGAUAAGAUAUGUAAUUUGGGAUUCUGUGGAAUCACUCAGUGAUUUUAUAAAAUUAUUUUCGCUGUAUAUGUACACUUAUACUAGUGGACUAUAAUUCACAUCGAUUAUACGUUCCUAUAUACAUUGUAAACGCUUCCAAAAUGCCAAGAGCAGCAGAUAAGCUUUUAAUGGAAUUGUGCCAAUAUUUACAUGGUGCUUUAUAGUGAGAAUCUCAAUCUAUACGAAGAAUCUCGUAAGAAUCUACCAGCCUUCUUGUCGUAUAUAAUGAAAGUAUUCGUGUACCUUACAGUAUACUUUAGUAUACCUUACAGAUCUAAAGAUAUUUUAUACAUAUGAUAUAAAGAUUUUUUUUUCAUGUGGCAUAAUAUUUACAUAAAAAAUUAAAAAAUAAUAUACUAUAUAAAAUAUAUUGUACAUUCGAGUUAUUACAUAUAUGUACUACUUCAUCCAUUGUUUCGAUAUUAUAUUUGCUAUAUCUCUAUCAAUAAAAAUUUUAACUGGUAUAAACAAAA